CCCAGGCCUAAUGGUCACAGCAGGCCUGAUCCAUUAUGUGCUCAACCUGCUGCACAUCACCGUCCACAUACGGGACGUCUGCGUGUUCCUGGCCCCGGUGUUCAGCGGCCUGACCUCCAUCUCCACCUUUCUGCUCACGAGGGAGCUGUGGAACCAGGGGGCAGGACUGCUGGCAGCCUGCUUCAUCGCCAUCGUUCCUGGCUACAUUUCCCGCUCCGUGGCUGGAUCCUUUGACAAUGAAGGGAUCGCAAUCUUCGCCCUGCAGUUCACCUACUACCUCUGGGUGAAGUCUGUGAAGACUGGAUCAGUUUUUUGGACCAUCGGAUGCUGCCUCUCCUACUUCUAUAUGGUUUCUGCUUGGGGUGGUUAUGUGUUCAUAAUCAACUUGAUUCCUCUUCAUGUGUUCGUCCUGCUGCUCAUGCAGCGCUUCAGUCGGAGAGUCUACAUAGCCUACAGCACUUUCUACAUCAUCGGCCUCAUCCUGUCCAUGCAGAUCCCAUUUGUGGGCUUUCAGCCAAUCAGGACCAGUGAACACAUGGCUGCAGCAGGUGUGUUUGUGCUGCUACAGGUCUACGCCUUCCUGCAGUACCUAAAGGACAGACUGACCAGGCAGGAGUUCCAGACUCUCUUCUUCUUGGGAGUCUCUCUGGCUGCUGGAGUUGUUUUUCUCUCUGUCAUCUAUCUGACAUACACAGGUUACAUUGCUCCAUGGAGUGGGCGUUUCUACUCACUCUGGGAUACCGGCUAUGCUAAGAUCCACAUUCCAAUCAUCGCUUCGGUAUCAGAGCACCAGCCCACCACCUGGGUGUCCUUCUUCUUUGAUCUUCACAUCCUCGUCUGCACCUUCCCAGCAGGCCUCUGGUUCUGCAUAAAGAACAUCAAUGAUGAACGUGUCUUUGGAUUAUACAGCCGAACAUGUCCUGAUGGAGUUUCAGUAACCUUUACCUCGGCUUCUCCCCGGCAGGCGGGGAAGGUACGCAAACACGUGUCGGAGCAAGAGAAGGCGGAGGAGGGCCUCGGCCCCAACAUCAAGUCCAUAGUCACCAUGCUGAUGCUGAUGCUGCUCAUGAUGUUUGCCGUCCACUGCACCUGGGUCACCAGCAACGCCUACUCCAGCCCCAGUGUGGUGCUGGCAUCGUACAACCACGAUGGCUCCCGUAACAUCCUGGACGAUUUCAGGGAGGCCUACUAUUGGCUGAGGCAGAACACGGACGAGCACGCCAGAGUGAUGUCGUGGUGGGACUACGGCUACCAGAUAGCAGGCAUGGCCAACAGGACCACGCUGGUUGACAACAACACAUGGAACAACAGUCAUAUAGCACUGGUGGGCAAAGCCAUGUCGUCCAAUGAGACCGCAGCCUAUGAAAUCAUGAGGUCGCUGGAUGUCGACUAUGUCCUGAUCAUCUUCGGAGGGGUGAUUGGCUACUCAGGUGAUGACAUCAACAAGUUCCUGUGGAUGGUGCGCAUCGCAGAGGGGGAGCACCCCAGGGACAUCAGGGAAAGUGAUUACUUUACCCCCCAAGGAGAGUUCAGAGUGGACAAAGCAGGCUCCCCCACCCUGCUCAACUGCCUUAUGUACAAAAUGUCUUACUACCGCUUUGGAGAGAUGCAGUUGGACUUCAGGACGCCCCCGGGCUUCGACCGGACACGCAACGCCGAGAUCGGCAACAAGGACAUCAAGCUGAAGCACCUGGAGGAGGCGUUCACUUCAGAGCACUGGCUGGUCAGGAUUUAUAAGGUCAAGAAGCUGGAGAACAGAGACCGGGUGGAGCACAAGCUGCGCAGCACUGACACCAACAGGCAGAAGUACACCUCUAAAAAGACGGCCAAGAGGAAGCGGGGAUACGUCAAGAACAAGCUGUCCCUGAAGAAGGGCAAGAAACUCACCAAGAAAUCUUUAUAGACGGUCCACCACCUACAGAGGCAGACUGUGGACAGGAGGGAGGAAAACGAAUCUGACACACACAGCUCAACAAUAUCAAGCAGUAAAAAAAAAGAAGAAAAAAAAGAAAGAAAAGGAGAAAAAAAUCCACCAAUCGAGAUUGAAUAAGGAACAGCAGAGGUUCUCUGCCCCGCCCCCGCCAUCAUCUUGAGCAUCCUCA